GCCGGCAGAGGCGCGGUGAGCACUGCUCGUGCCCGCAGCUUGUCGCUCGCGCCCCGGAGCGCCGCCGGGUCUCUGGAGUCCGCCGCAUCCUUUGUGCGGACCCUUGAGUUUCGCUGCGGAGCAGCAGGACGAAAUGUGGACGCCGCGGGAGCUUUAUUUCCCUGCCUAAAUUCUUGAAACAAUGGACGGUUAGGGGAGCAUGGAUUGAGGGGGAGGCGAGCGGGGAAGCGAGCCGCCUGGGGAAUCAUGACUUCUGCCGCCGAGAUUAAGAAGCCACCACUGGCCCCCAAACCAAAGUUUGUGGCAAAUAAUAAGUCAGUACCACCUCCUAUUGCACCCAAACCUGAUAUUGUGAUUUCUAGUGUUCCACAGUCAACAAAGAAAGCCAAACCAGCAAUAGCCCCAAAACCAAAAGUUCUGAAAAGCUCACCUGUUUGUGACAUCAGGCAGUCACCAUCAAGGAAAAGCAUCGUGAAUCUGGAAGAACAUAAACAGGAAUUACCUGAAAGUGCUGACAGCUCUUCUUGCAAAAAGAAGCACACUUCCACAGACAGCCCAGAAACGAAUGAGGGCUGUAACUCCAACGGACAGUUCAGAAUUGAAUUUUCAGACUUGACACCUUCCCAGUCCAGCUUUGAAAAGGUUCCUGAUCACUACUGCCUCCUGCAACUUCCUAUCAAUGAACUUCAAAAUAUUGAAACUUGUCAGGAUGACAGUGAAAAAAGCCAUAUUUGCUUUCAUUCAUCUGAACAAGAAGCUCUGGCACAUGGUAAAAGGAGUACUUUUUUAUCUUCAGAUGGAGUUAGUAAGAACUCAGAAGUCAAAGACCUUGGUCCCUUAGAACUUCACUUAGUAUCAUGUACUUCAAAAUUUCCAACUCCCAAGCCCAGAAAGACACGUGCCGCACGGCUGUUUCGUCAAGAGCACGUAGAUACUCCUACUGAAAGUACCGAAAAACCAGAGAAUUUAGACAGUAACUCUUCUUGUCUUUUUGAAGAUAGUUUGAAAAACAAUGAAAUCAUUUAUCAGAAUGUUUUGUAUAACCAGGAACAGGUGAACAAAGUGAAACCAGGAAAGAAAAGUGAAUUGAAUGUGGACUCCAACAGUGACAGACAAAACUUAGUUGAUUCCCAGAAAGCCAUGUGUCAUGAAACACCUUCCUCUGAAGAAAUGACACCUUCUUUGGAUACAGAUUCUAAUUUGAGUUCCGACAGCAAGACAAUAGAUGGUUCUAGUAUGUCACCUGCUGUGGACAAACGGACCAGUUUUAUAAGAUGCAGUACUGUAUCUAUGAGCCUGCCUAAGCAGCUGAAAUUAGCUUGCAACAAACGUUUACCUAUGGCCUGUAACUUGGAAGGGGCUGUCCCUCAAAUGCAAAAGGAAUCUACAAUGAAAGAUGUAAGUUCCUCAAAAAUUGUCCCCAAAAAACCUCAAAGACACAGCUUGCCUGCUGCAGGAAUGCUUAAAAAGGCUGCCUCAGAGGAGCUUAUGGAGAAAAGUUCAUAUUCCUCAAAUGAAGAAAAAAAGGACCCGGAAAGAAAUCACCAACAAUUGUGUGCCCAAAACCAUGGUACGUCGUCCUCCUUUGAGAUGUCCAAAAGGACUUUAGAAAAGCCAGUGUGGAAAUUACCUCAUCCUAUUUUACCCUUUAAAGGGAACCCAGAAUCCUUAAAGUCUAUCACCACAUCCUCAAAUAGUGAGCCUUCAAAUGCCCUGACCAAGCCUAGAGCAAAAUCACUGUCUGCUGUGGAUAUGGAUAGGUGCACUAAGCCUUGCAAAGAUUCUCAAAGGAAACACUCUUUAAAGAAGUUGCUCAACAUGAAGCUGUCCAUCUGUUUCAUGAAGAGUGACUUCCAGAAAUUUUGGUCCAAGAGUAGCCAACUUGAAGGCACAAUCGCUGGCAGACUCUCAGGUGGGGAGGGAAAAGAGAUUGAAAGUGAUUGGCAUGGUGUAUUAGUUGAAGAGAAGAGAAAUAAACCCAUCAAGUCAUAUUCUGCAGAUAACUACAGUCUGGAAUCUCAAAAGAAGAGGAAGAAGUCUCGGGGCCAGAGCAGUGCAACUAAUGGACCAAGAGCUGAGUCUUUGGAUGACCAAAUGCUCUCUAGGGAGGCAACAUCUCAGGCGCCUUGUAAAUCUGUUACAAGUGACUAUGCACCAGAUUAUGAAAAUGUACGCCAUUAUGAGGAAAUACCCGAGUAUGAGAACUUUCCACUUGGUAUGGCUGUCGGGAAAACUCUAGAGUUGGAAAGGCAGAAUUCCAGCAGCAUGGAGGACACUGAUGCAAAUGUGUAUGAGAUAGAAGACCUGUAUGAAGCUUCAGAUGGCCAGCUGCAACUUGGACCUACACAGCAGCAUUCCAGUUGUGAAGCAUCCCAGGAGGUACACAGUGAUGUGGACCUUGGUCUUGGUGACCUUCCUUCAGAUGAAGAGGAAGUCAUCAACAGUUCUGAUGAAGAUGAUGUCAGCUCUGGUUCUAGCAAAGGGGAGCCUGACCUGCUGGAAGAUAAACAGGUAGAGGGUGAAGAUACUGGAAUAAAAAGUAAAGUCCAUUAUAUUGCCAAGGAGAUCAUGAGCUCAGAGAAAGUGUUUGUGGAUGUGUUAAAACUUUUGCAUAUCGAUUUCCGGGAUGCUGUUGCUCAUGCUUCCAGACAACUUGGGAAACCAGUGAUUGAGGACCGGAUCCUAAAUCAGAUACUAUACUACUUGCCUCAGCUGUACGAGCUCAACCGGGAUCUCCUGAAGGAACUAGAGGAGAGAGUGUCAAACUGGACAGAACAACAAAGAAUUGCUGAUAUCUUUGUAAAGAAGGGGCCAUAUCUAAAAAUGUAUUCCACAUACAUCAAAGAAUUUGAUAAGAAUAUAGCUUUGCUGGAUGAGCAGUGCAAGAAAAACCCAGGUUUCGCUGCUGUUGUUAGAGAAUUUGAGAUGAGCCCACGCUGUGCUAAUCUGGCCCUCAAGCACUACCUGCUCAAGCCAGUUCAGAGGAUCCCCCAGUACAGGCUGCUGCUAACAGAUUAUUUGAAAAAUCUUUUAGAAGACUCUGGAGAUUACAGAAAUACUCAAGAUGCCCUUGCUGUUGUUAUAGAGGUAGCCAACCACGCCAAUGACACCAUGAAGCAAGGAGACAACUUCCAAAAACUUAUGCAAAUUCAGUACAGCUUAAAUGGACACCAUGAAAUCGUGCAGCCUGGACGGGUUUUUCUCAAAGAAGGAACUCUGAUGAAGCUGUCUCGGAAAGACAUGCAGCCCCGAGUGUUCUUCCUGUUUAAUGAUGCCCUAUUGUAUACAACACCAGUACAGUCUGGGAUGUAUAAACUGAACAACAUGCUCUCAUUGGCUGGAAUGAAGGUAAAAAAACCUACCCAAGAAGCAUAUCAGAAUGAACUACAGAUUGAGAGUGUAGAACGUUCCUUCAUUCUCUCAGCCAGUUCUGCCACAGAAAGGGAUGAAUGGCUAGAAGCGAUUUCCAGGUCAAUAGAAGAGUAUGCCAAGAAAAGAAUCACAUUCUGCCCUAGUAGGAGUCUUGAUGAGGCAGACUCAGAAAAUAAAGAGGAAGUUUGUCCCCUUGGAUCAAAGGCUCCUAUCUGGAUUCCUGAUACCAGAGCCACAAUGUGUAUGAUCUGCACAAGUGAAUUUACUCUGACCUGGAGACGACAUCACUGCCGGGCCUGCGGAAAGAUUGUGUGCCAAGCUUGUUCAUCAAAUAAGUGUGGCUUAGAUUACCUGAAAAAUCAACCAGCAAGAGUAUGUGAAUAUUGUUUUCAAGAACUGCAGAAAUUAGAUCACCAGCACUCUCCUAAGAUUGGAUCUCCCGGAAAUCACAAAUCUUCAAGUGCCUUAUCAUCAGUCUUACAGAGUAUUCCAUCAGGGAGGAAACAGAAAAAAAUCCCAGCGGCUCUCAAAGAAGUAUCAGCAAAUACAGAAGAUUCUUCCAUGAGUGGCUAUUUGUACAGGUCAAAGGGCCAUAAAAAACCUUGGAAACACUUUUGGUUUGUCAUAAAAAAUAAAGUGCUAUAUACAUAUGCUGCAAGUGAGGAUGUGGCAGCUAUGGAGAGUCAACCUUUAUUAGGAUUCACUGUCACUGAAGUCAAAGAUGAGAAUUCAGAGUCCAGGGUAUUUCAUUUACUGCAUAAAAACAUGGUAUUUUAUGUAUUCAAAGCAGAUGAUGCUCACUCAGCUCAGAAGUGGAUAGAAGCAUUUCAGGAAGGCACAAUAUUAUAGCAGUAUUGGUCUCAUCUCUUCUGUGAUUUCAAAAGGGUGGAAUUUCAUCAGAAUGGAGUAAAUACAGUAUAAAAAUUUAAUACAAAUGAACACUGCCAAGAUAAAUGUAACCAAAAUUUUCAUCAAAUAUAAAAAAUUAUUUUGUUAGGUAUAAUUUUUUUAAAUGUUUGUUUUUUCCAUGUAUGUUAUUUAUUAAAAUUUUGAUGUUUACUUAAGUCAGAAUUACUUCUGAAAUUCACACUGAAUUCUAAAGUACCUUUUCUUUAGAAAUUAGAAAAUGUAUCUUAAUACUGUAUGCUGUAUUAACUGUUUGUGACAUAGUCCACACUGUUUUCUCAAUGUGUUUUACAGUGUUACAUUGUAAUAAUGUUCUCACUAGUGGUAAGUCUUUGUAAAUGAAAAAACACACAUCAAGGAGCAAGUUUCAUGCAAUGUUUGGUUUAGAAAUUAUGAUUAGAAAACCGCUUAUGACAAGAAAUGUGUAUCUUUAAGUCAGUAAACUAAGAUGAAUUUUUAUCUUUAAUGGGAAAACACAUGGCCAACUUCUACCUCCGUAACUGUGAAAUGAAAUUCUAAUAAAUUUUCCCAAGCAUUUCUACUAUGAUGCACCUCUUUUGGCAUGAGAUAAUGUUACAUCAUAAAGGAAUUAUAGCAGAGGGGAAGAGUCUGGAUUUUUAUUUAACCGAAUAUACGUAGGAAAUAAGAUGUUUUCAUUUGUAGAGGAACACAAAUUAAAUCUAUAGACUUUACAUUAAUUCAGUCUAAACUUUUUUUAAAGCUACCAGUUCUACACAAAUAUAAGUGUAUUGUUUUUUUUUUUAAAUGUAAAAUAUGGCAAGCAUUAUAUUACAUAGUGUCCCUUGUUACUGUAAGUGUUCUGAGCCCAAGUCAAUAGUGGUAUUUGUAUCUAAAAAGAAUGUUACAUUUCCUUUGUGCUUUUAAAAAUGAACUGGAAUUAUCGUAUCAAAAAAGCACAAAUUUUAAGCCAGUAUUAAUUGAAAUUGUAUAGUAUUCUUUUUUGAAAAAGAGUUUUUUACUACCAGUUUGUGUUAGGUCCUCCCUGGUAAAUUUUUUAAAAGUCCGUUAUUUCUUUAACCAACUAUCAGUGCACCUCAGUAGGAAAGAUUUAUAUUCAUAAUUCUGGUGCACUUAUUGUUUAACAUAGGAACUACUUUGUAAAUAAAAUUGGUUCACAGAAGAAAAAUGAACACUGAUUAAAGCCAUUCCUGAUGUUCAUAGGAAGAUUUAUUGACUGAGCUUAAAUUAUAUGUAAAUUAUCCUAAAAGGCAAAAUUAUUCAUUGAAUAUUUCAUUAACCAACACAAGAAUUUUCCUUUCUUUUGCAUAAGGGAUUUCCUGAUUCACUGUGAUAUUUAUGAUUGCCAAGAGAAUUCAAGUGCCUUUCUGAGGCCUCUUGAAUGUUUUUUGUUGCAGCACCAGAGUCCCUGUUAAAUGUAGAGUUGGCUGUCCUUUUUUUCUGGCUUUUGCUUGCUGUGGAAUCAUUUUAAACGUUGUUGCCAUCUCACACACAAUCCUCACAUGCUACCUCUCCUGUCCUGCUACUGUGGGUAAACUAAUAGUCUUUGCAGCUCAUUAAUUUUAAUCAAGAUAGCAUGAAUUGGGCUUCCAUGUUAAAAAUCCCUGCACUUUUUAGUAUAACCUUUUUGGAGACCAAGGUUAUACUUUAUAAAGUAUUUCCUUCUGCAUCAUUGGGCUUAGCACUUCACAAAACAGUAAGUUAUUUAGAGUUCUUCCCCCUCCUCUUAAGCUCUCAACCUUCUGACUACAGGUUUGGUUUAAACCUCAGAAUCUUAGAAAAUAUCAGGCAGGCUAUUCUAGCUUUCAACAGUUGGCUGAAUCAAGAACCAGUUAUAAAUCUAAAUAGAAGAAACAUUGCACAAACUUCUAGUGAUUCUUCUAAUUACACGUGAAACUCAUGUAUGAUUAUACUAGCUAUUGGCUUAGCCCCAUGGAGGGUUUUGCAAAAUAUAAAAUACAGCCUCUUGAGGAAGCUACCAGAUUACAACCCCAAACCCCAUAAAGAUGUCUUAAAUGUGGAAUAGUUUUAUAUUCCCUUUCCCCCUUAUCAAUCCUCAUAACUUACUAAAGCUGAUCAAUUAUUUAUUUAAACUGGCUAAUUCAAUGUCAACCGAAAAACCUAAUUAUAUACGUUUUGUUGUAAAGCUACUUUGAAAAUAUCUCUUGAUAGCUAACAUUUUAAGGGGGUGGGAAUGAUAUAUUGGGUACAUCCUAUAAAUGAGGAGAAAGUAUAAAUAGUACCUAGAUCCCAAGAACACUGUAUUUAUUAUACUGAUACAUGUGCUUCCAUCAAAUCUUUUCAAGUAACUCCUUUUAUUCAUGAGGAGGAGAAAGAAGAGCAGUUAUAAAGUUAAGCCAAAGGGAUUCUGAAGUAACUUAGACAAGAGAUGGCAGUUUAAACCAGGGGAUGGUUGCAUUCUUAGGGUGUGUCCCCAGCCAGUGGCAUCUGUAAAUGUAGAGGACCCACCAGAGUCCUAGGAAAAUGAGAAUGGUUAUUUUUGGGAUCAUCCCACAUUUUGGGACCUCUCUGCAACCUUCCCCGCCCCCACCCCCACCCCGUUCCCUAAUGUAUCCAGUGUGCUAGAGUCCUUUGCCCAAGACACUUAAUUCUUUCCUCAAUCAAAUGCUUGAUUCUUUGUGUAUGUAAUAGCAUUUCUUAAAAAUGAGAUCAUCAGAGCAACCUUUGUUUAAUAUAAAGAUGUGAUGAAACAAGUGAAGAAGACAACUUUAAAGUGUAGUUUUGUUAGCCAAAUGUGUAUUUUAUAUUUGAUUGGUAGAAUAUAUCCAGGGAAAUAGGGAAAGCCAGGUAUAAAGUAAUUUAGUUAAAAUGUAAAUGUCAUCACAGCAUAUGUUGAUAUGUCCUGGAAUGUGCUUUCACUGUACUGUUUUUGAAGUCUGAGAGGCAGUGUAGUCAGAUAUAAUCACUGAGAUUUCCAGAAGUAAGUCCUAUUUCUCUUACUGUACUAUACACUCCUGGAAGGCAGAUGCUAUGUCUAAUGUCUCAAUUUCUCACAAAAUACCUACCUUCUUUCUGUCUUUUAAGAGAUAAUAUUUAUUAAAUAUUGUUUUAAUAUUUGUUUCUUCUACAAAGGACAUGAUUCUUGUCAUCUACAUCUCAAGCACAGCUCUCCAAAUGCCUACAUUACAACUCAUUUCUUAGACCUACACAUUCCACCAUCCUGCAAGGCCACAUUUGCAACUACCACUUGGACACUGACACACGAGUCCUUAAGCAUUUUAAACUUUACAUCACUAAAACUCACUUUUCUUUUAAUCUGUUUAUUUUCUUCUGUGAUGAAAAAACAGCGUUGUACUCUCCAGAAUCUGACUCUGAGUCUCAACAGGGCCCUCUGCAAUUGCUCUUGUAUCCUUUCCAUCUUCAUUGCCCUUCUGUUGUUGCACAGACCCUUGUUACUUCUUUCCAAUGACUGGAAUAACUCUUCUUCUGAUUUCAAUGCCUUCCUUGCACCGUCCCACUUUAAACACUUCCAGAGCCAUCUUCUAAAGCAUAGCUCUGCUUUCAUCCUGCUCUUCCACUUCCGUUGGCUUCCCAGUGGCUUGGCAUGGAACACUUUUCCCCAGGUAUCAUGCACUCCAGCUAAUCCCAACCCAACCUUCCUCUGUCCAGUUUGUUUUCUCACCCUCUCUUCCACCCCCAUUUCUGCCUAUUUAUCCAAGACUUCUCUGAAGUUGAUCCCUCGUCCUUCUCUUCCCUACUUCUCUCCUGUUUCUUCCGGCUAGAUCUAGUUUUCCCUUCCUCUAUAUUCCCAUAGACUUUAGCUCAUAAACAGACUUUCUUAUGGUACUUAUCACAUUCUGUCCUGGAGACCAGCAACUGCAUCUUAUUCUUUUGAGAUUCCCCCUCAGCAUCUGGCAGAGUGCCUAUAAUUGUUGGAUAUUCAGUGUUUGUUUGAUAAAUUACUUCAAAUGGAUCCCCCCCUUUUUUUAGUAUCCCCAAUACACAAAUAUCAUUCAGGAGCUUAUGCCACUUUUAAAGUUAUUUUCUAAGAGAAAAUCUUUCCUACAACUUUUUUCCCCCUUUAAGAAAAGAGAUAAGUAAUUUCUAGUAGUAUUUUCUUUUUAAGAUGAAGGUGGCAGUAAAUUUUCAAAACGCCUCAAUGUAUCAAAUUCCUUUUUUCUGCUGUGGGGAGAGAUUAAAAGGGGGCAGCCUUUUCUUUUAUAUAAGUUGGUCAUAGCAUCUUGAAAACCAAUCUUAAAAUGCUAUUGUUUCUUUAAAUGACUUACAAAUUUCUAUAAAUACUUUUUACUUAAAGUGAUAAUAGUCUGUAUCUUAUUGUCCACAGAGAUCUACUAGUAAAUCCUUUAUAAAUCAAAUGUUAGCAUUGUAAAUAAUGUUAAUAUGUAUUUAUACAAAAUAAAUUUAUCUACUUUUGAUGUGA